CUGGAAUCGUGCGGAUUUUUAAAUGUUCUUGGGAAUUUAUCAUCUUAUUUAAGAUGAUUUUCCUUUGUAAAAAUCUGUAAAAUUUCACUUCUUCUUUUCAUGAUAAUUUUUUUAAUGGAAAUUAUUAAAAUUUAUUAGUAUUCCUCAUAAUAAAUGUAGUUAGUAAUGGAUAAUUCUCCAGAUAGUUCAGAUAAUCUACCCGUCAAGAGACUUCGUUUUGAUGACGACGCUCUUCUUUCCGACAGUUCGAAUUCCAAAGCAGAUAUUAGCAUAUCAGAAUCAUUACCAGAUGAACAUCUUAGACCUUCAUUACCAUCAUCGAGCAAUUUGGAAGAUGAUGAUUACGAUGAAGACUCUCCCCUGGAAGAUCAAGAACCUAGCACUUCUUGUUCUAUAAUGCUUCCAGCGCCGCCGACUAACGUUUCUAAUGAAGAACCGCUUUCGUCACCUCCACCACCAGAAGUGGACAGUGAUGAUACGAGUCAUCCAUCAGACUCUCAGCAAAACAAAACGAAGGAACAAUUAGAAGAGGAAGAAAGAGAAAGAAUGCAAGUUCUAGUUUCAAAUUUUUCUGAGGAUCAACUCAAUAGAUAUGAAAUGUAUCGUCGAUCUGCAUUUCCAAAAGCUGCCAUUAAAAGGCUAAUGCAGUCUAUAACUGGUAGUUCUGUCUCACAGAAUGUUGUAAUAGCUGUUUCUGGCAUUGCAAAAGUUUUUGUUGGAGAAGUUGUUGAGGAAGCAUUGGAUGUUGCAGAAAAAAGUAAUGAUACUGGACCAUUGCAACCAAAACAUUUACGUGAAGCAGUAAGAAAACUGAGAAUGAGAAAUUCCAUUCCGACCAGUCGACCAAAGCCAAAUAUGUUUUUCAGAUAAUUCUUAGUAACAGUUUUGUACUAAAAUUCAAAUUUUAAUGCGUUCUUCAUUAUAACUACUGUGCAGUUAAAUAUAUUCAAAAUAAUCAAGUACUUAAUGAUAAUAUAAUCUGAGAGAGAUCAGCAUGAUCUAAUGUGAUUUGGCAAACAACUUUUACUAUACACUUUUCUUACUUUUUUAAAGAAAUUUAUGAUCUGUACAAUUUAAUUUUAAUGAAAUUUUAGUUGUCAAGCAAAAUUAGAAUCCAAUCAUUGGAAGUAGUUUGGAAAAUUCAUACAAAUUACUAAUCUUUAUCAUUUCAUGUAUUGAUUCCAUGUAGCUUUAGGGAUGGAGUCGAAGACAUCCUUUUAAAUAAAAAAUUAGGAAUCCAAGAAAAUAUUCAUACUUUAUUUCCUCAAUCUAAUAUUUAAAAGAAAAAUUAAGCUCAUUUAAAAAAAAAAAAAAUAUUCACCUUUUUUUAUUUUAUAUGACAAAAAAUGAAUUUAAUUGCAUUAAUGUGUUUACUAUUUAUACAAAUUAAAAUGUGUAUAUUCUACAAAAUCAGAGCAGAAAAUUCUGUUUCUGAAUAUCCCCUUUAAAACUUUCUCCCUUUUUUUAGUUUAAAAGAAGAAUGUUGUUGUUUUUUUAAUACUGUGUCAAGGUAUAUGAAAAACAAUUUUGUUUGGUAGUGUUGUUUGACAUUAAUAUAAUAAUAUGAAAAUUAUGUAUAGUAGCUUAAUUAAAAAUAUAAAUAAUUGUAAUGAAAUGAAGAAUAACAUACUUUGUUAAAAUAUUUCAAAUUAAUGACUGGUGUAAUCCCUCUACAUGUUGUGUACAUAGCAACUGAGGUAUGCAAAUUGCCUCACCUUCUCAUAUUAAUGUAAUCAUUUAGUUGUUCACUGAAAUUAGUAAAUAAUUUUUCUGAGAAAUAAGAUUACAAUUUUCAUUAUGUUUUAUUUAUUUUUAAAAUUUAUACUUUCAUAUUGUAUAACUUAGGUGAUUUUAUAUUUCUUAUAUUUAAAUAAAACUCAUAAAAACUUUUUGAAAAUGUAUACUAUACUUCCUUUUGGGACUUUAUUUUUCUGUCAUAAAUUGUUAAAAUAUAAAAAAAAUGUUUAUAAUAUAUUUACUGAUAGAUUUAGGCAUUCUGGGCUGAAAGCAAUGCACAUUGGAACCUUCCUUUUUGAUAAACUGAUCAAUUUAACGCCACAACAUUUUUUAACUUAAGCUAUUUUUUAUCUUAAUAACUUUUUAAAGUAUUUUAUUUAUUUAUUUUUAAUAUCUAUAUAUGUCAUCUAUAAAAUGACUAAAAUAAUAAAUUUCUUGAAAAAUUAGACACAAACAUUAGAUAAUUAUUUCUUUUUAGAUGUAU